GAGCGCAAUUGUCAAACAUUUUGUUGAAGUGUUUGUUGAUUGCGUUAAAAUAACAUAAACGUCGAAAAUGCCGUGGGGAUGGGAGUGCCGAGCGAAGCUGGUGAAACAGGUGCCUGCGAAGCCCACGCAGCGCCGUGGGAAGGUAGCGGGGGAGGCGCCGACGCCGAGCCCCGCGCACUAUGAGCAGCCGGAGAUAUUCUGUGGUCCAGGCUUUUCUAAAAUAAAGCGUUCACCAGCGUACACCUUUGGCCAUCUUACCCCAACGACCUUCCAGAAACCAGUGGCCAGGGCCAACGCGCCCUUGUUCAACGUGCAAGGCUUGGGGAGGAAAGGACAAUACAAGGUGCCCUGUGGGGUGGUCUCGCCACAAAUCGACCCUGUGGGCAACAAGGGGAAGGUGCCUGGACCAGCCACAUAUGCACCAGGCUUGAAGGUCCGGUACAAGCGACCCCCGGCGUACACCAUGCGGCCCGCCGCACGCCCGCCCUAUCAGCCCUGGGACAUGUGGACCCCGCCGCCUAAUAUGUACUGCCCACCCAUACCUGGCGCGAAAGCCCCGGCGUACACUCUCGGCAUUAUGGCGAAACCUGACAAGAUUCCAGAUUUCCCUGGCCCCGGCGAGCACGAACCUAAUUUUGAUUUCGUAAAGAAAAACAAACCCGCAUUCUCUUUCGGCGGGCCGUUCAAACGCCUCAAAGCACCGAGGACGCCAGCGCCUAAUAGGUAUUGCGAGAAAAAGUUCAUGGCGUCCAAACGUGCUAUUCCCGCUCCAUCGUUUGGCAUUCGCCAUACUAAGUACCUCGGCGAGCAAGCGGUGUUUUUAAGACCUGCUAAACUCAAUUACCUCACCAGCGACACAAGUUAAUGUAUAUUUGUUAUAUUAUUUUUAUAUUUUUGUAACAGUUGGUUUUAUUCGUA